AUGAGAGCUGCGGUGAAGAGCUCCCAUAGUAGAGCUGGGAGUGAACCCGCGUUUCCGAACUAUGCAAAGCGGGCAAGAUCACGAGAGCGUACGGUAUCAAGCUACGAGUACAAGGACGAGGACCCAGAAACAACAGACACUGAUUUAGACGAUGAGGUGCCUGUUUCCGCUUCAUCUCGCGCACCUGGCAACGAGGAGGACCAAGACGAGGAGGAGCUUGAAGUUCGAGGAUCAAUCCACGGAUUCAAAGCACGUGGGAAUACCGCGCGUGGGGCCAUCCUACGGAUGUGCGACCCGCAUGCAGACCCAUGGAAAGGCAGAGAUCUGUCUGACAAGGAACUCCAAGACGUGAAGGCGCGAAUCGCGAAGGUCGGAUGCAUAAGGCCGAACAUUGGCCUCACCAACCAAAUCCGAAUGAUACUGAGUAAAACCAGCGCAAUGCUCGCGGACUGCAAGAAGUGUGACAGGAUAGAGCGGCUUGGCUUUGCGCCUCGCUGCUGUUCAAGCUCGCACUGCGACCAAUUCAACGUUAACCGUAUCGCCCUAGAGACACCGGAUCGAAAUAUAGCCCGCAACACAUGUCAACUCAAGGUCAUGGGCCAGUACGGGUACAAUAGAUCGAACGUCGAUAAGAUAUCUGUGAAGGAGUGGGAGAAGAGGAGGAAGAGGGCGAAUCAGGAAUGCGAACACCACCGCCGAUGCUCUCCUACUGGAUCCGGUCAUAUGAUAGGAAGUAUCUGGGUAGCCUCGAAGACGGCACUAUGGGAAAAUAACAAGCCGCUGCUGUACACGUGCUUCGAUUGCCUACACCAGCUAUCCUUCCCCUGGUGUCCUACGAGCGCAAAGGAUAAAGAGACGUCGGCUGACGGCAUUGGACCGUAUACCCUUUGGCAUGCCCCCCGCGCCUGGAACCCACGUGGAUGGUUCAUUCGGCUACUAGAGCACUACGCGCAGCACCACCUAGAUAUACACAUACCGACAUAUACAAGUAUAUCUUACUUUGACUGUGGAAAAGGACUCUUGGCGGUCUUCAAUAGGUAA